AUUAAAAACUAUACCAUAAGAUGCGAUUCGUCGUAAAAACUUGACACUCCCUGUACUGAGCGUGAGCGGACAUGUCGUUGGAAAAAAUCUACUCCCAAAUGGAAAUAGAACCGAGGCAACAGGUCGAAAGAUACGCAGAAUAUCCGGGAAUGUCGCACGAUCAGGCGUUGUAUUACCCGUACGAACCAGCCACGGGACCGCAUGUACCCGUGGUGACAAAACAUCAUUACAGCGGCAGUCACAAGAGUAACGCGGCUAUGUCAGCCUUAACGCUCUUGGCCUUUCUCUUCUUCCUCCACAUCCUUCAACAGUGUCUCAGGGACCACAUGAACGCGAUGGGAACACCCCAAGUCAUGGUGGUGGGCGGACGCGAAAGCGAACGUAACAUCGCAAAAAAAAACAAAAUCGACAAAACAAAUAACGAUCAAAAUUACGAUUACAAUGGCGACGAUACAGAUAAAUAUACGAAAAUAACGACGUCAGAUAACGCGUGGAAGAAAACCAAAUAUAACGUCCAGAAACAUUACAUCAACAGAAGCUCGUACGGUUACGACCCGAUGGACUAUUAGUGGUACAUUUUUUAUUAUAAUCAUCGUAAAAUAAUUUCAUCAAAAUAAAACGAGCGUUUGUUUAACCGUAUAAUUAUUUUAUUUCAUAAAAAUAAAGAGACUUUAUACA